AUGCACCCACAAAUGCUCUUACAGCACGGUGAAUCUUCUCACGACACCACGAAUGAACCCACAAAUGCUCCUGUGAAUGCUCUUGCGAAUUCUCUCGCAAAUGCUCAUGUGAAAGCUCUCGCGAAUGCUCACUCAAAUGCUCACUUGAAUACUUCCGUUAAUGUUCAUCCAAAUGGUUACGUAAGUGCUCCCAUGAGUGAUACCAGAGCACCUACAAUGCUCACAGAG